CAUUCAAAGUAAUUCUUAUAAUAUAAAUCACGUAUUCUUAAACUUAAAAAAAUAAAAACAAGAAAUGACAUCUCAAAAUCCAAAAGUCCAACUUUUAAGAUCUGAAAAACCUGCAAUGCAAGAUAUUCAAAAAAUACAUUAUCAAGCUCAAACACCCUUGAAGUCAACGAGUGGUUAUUAUAUGGAGCGAAAAGAAAUAAUCAUGACAGAACUUCUUCAAAGUUUAUUAAGAUGUAUAGCUACAUCUGUAAAGAUAAAGAAUUCAUUUGCAAGACUUCAAUUUCAAAACUCAAAUUCUUACUUUGGCUGGCUAGAUUCAAGUGGUUUCAGAGGGUUCGGAACUUAUACUUUUGCAGUUGGUACAUCAUUAAAAGGUACUUUUGAGGGAAAUUCUCCAAAAGGUUUAGGAAGCUUAGCUUAUGUAAAUGGCGAUGUGUACGAGGGAGAAUUUUUAGCUGGUUGUCAACACGGUUAUGGCCACUAUAAGUCCAAGCGCUUUCAAUACAACGGUUGCUUUGAAAAUGGCAAGUUUCAUGGAAAGGGUGUUUUGAAGACAAGAACAGAAGAGAUUGAGGGAAUUUUCCAUUGUGGAAAAAUUAAACAAGGAGAGAUUCGUGAUUGUAGUGGAUUCUUUAAUGGAACAUUUGACGAAUCGGGUUCAAAAAAAUCAGGAAAAUUUGUGUUUAAAAAUGGAAAUACUUACAACGGAUUCUGGUUUGAUAACAAAUUUGAUGGAUUUGGUGAGUACAAUUGGAUUACAGAAGACCAAAUUGCUUUUAAAUCGGAAACAAAAUACAUUGGAUACUGGAAGAACGGAGAACGACACGGGUUAGGUAUGCUUAUAUUUAAUGAAAGGCGUGUUAUUUGUUUGUGGUUGAAAGGUAAAAAGAGUGGAGCAGGUAUAAUAAUUGCUGCCAAUGGAACCUGUUACUCUGGUAGGGAUUUAUUUUCUGACAAUCAGUAUAUACAAUCCCAAUGCAUCAGAAACUGUGAAGAAAGUAGAUCGAUUCUCUCAAAAGCUACAAAUAUUUUAAAUAUGGAUGCGAAAAAUGAAAACAUAGAUGAUCAAAUAAAGACUUUCGUGAACAUGGUACAUAAACUGGUAGAUCAAUAUUCAAUUUAUUGCUCUCCCAUUAAUCCAAUACGUUUCCCGGAUUAUGAGCUGCCAGUUGGGUUUUUUGGAUCAUUUUCAGAGUGCAAGUACUUGCAGCAGGUUCUCGUUGAAAACUAUACUGUAUUCAAAAAGCUAUACAAGAAAUAUACUCAUGUUCACAAUGAGCGUAUGAACUAUCUUGGAUUAAAUCUGUUUUACAUGGACGUCUUUCACGGGGUGCAAGAUAUUAAUAUUGCAGAAUGUUUAAAAGCUGGUUUCCUUACAGUAACUGAUUCUCAAAUUUACUUUGAUAAAACAAAUCAUAAGAACCUACUAGAUGCUGUUACAUUUUUUGAGUUCUUUCAACAUUUUGUUCAUAUCUCAAAAGUUUUGAUGGAUAAUGAUGACUUGAAGUCAAAAGCUAAGGAAUUGAGGCCAACGUUUUUCGGAGACUUAGCCAUGGGCUCACUUUUACUGCUGAAGAUGUUGGAAUAUAAGGAUUUACAACUAUUUCAAGUAAGAGAAGGGAUUCGUGAUAAUCCUCUGAAUAUUGUUAAAUUAUUGAAAAUCCUGGAAGAGAUGUUUAUGAACGAGAUGAGUUCAAGAACGGCAUUUAAGUUUUUAAAGAUGAAAAAUGUUAUAGAUAAGAGAUGCACUGAACUCCGAGAAACAAUCGAAAAUUUGUAUGGAGUAACUAAAGCAAGUUUAGUUCUAUAUGAUGAAACAUAUAAAUUAAGUAAUUUGGAAGUUAUUGAAAUUAUUUUUCGCACAACUCAACGUAAAAUUAUACAGAAUGCUACACCUAUGUUUGGACCAACAUUUAAAUAAAAUAAUUAAUACCUACAUUUUUUUUUUUUGUUUUUAAAUA